UUGGCAACAGCAGCGGCGACUCGCCAAAACCCUCGCCGGCUUCGGCUCCGUUUCUUCCCCCUUUCCCUUUCUCUGUCUCUCCCCUCCCUUGGUCUUCCUUUCCUGGCGGCGCCGACUGGGCGAGCGGCGGCGCCAUUCGUCACGUCUUCGCCGGGCCCUCCGCCGGCGACGAACACUCACCAGAGAUGGACACAUCAAGCCCUGCAGCAUUCGUCAAUGGAGAGAUUCUGAAAAUGUUUCUUGGGCGAAGAGUGCGCACGGUGGUUCAAGUCCAACGCAUUGAAGGUGGAAUGGUUGUCGGCCAGUCCACUGAUGGGCGUCUGUUGACUAUCAAAAGUGCCAUGGACAUUCCUGUAUCGCACUUCAUGGAGGUUUAUGGAAUUGCUGAAAACGACCAGACCAUCCGCGCUGAAGUUUGCACAGAUUUUGGUCCCAACUUUGAUGCCAAGGCAUUUGAUGGGUUGUGCAAGCUCGCAAGUGACAAGUUCAAGCAUCUGUUCCUGUAGAGGUCAUCAUUGUUCGGAGGACCUUUGGCCGACUAAAGCUUUUUCAAUGCUGAUGACGUCUCUAGAUUUAAGAUUUUGCUAAAUGUUCUGGCAUUGAGCCCAGUACUGUUACUUAAAAGUCAGUAUUGGACAGCUAUUAGUACGUAUUAACCCAAGCAGUGUUAGGACUAUGAAGACAAGCGAAAUCUAUCUAGUCGAAGAACUUAUGGUCUUUCCUGCUUCUAAGCAAAGCAAAUCUAUGCUUUAUGUUGCUGUCACGUGCAUUUGGAUCCUGAGAAGUUGCCGUAAUGGUCAUGCAGCUUGAUGUGUGCUAAUUGCAUGAGAUACCUGAAGAAAUUGUGGUUUGAUGUUGUGGUCUGACACCUAAUUCAGACAUGUGAAUCUGUAUUUCAGGUUCAGGAGCUACUAAACUUCAGUAGUAUCAAAGCUGCUAGAUCCUGAAACCCUAUUUUCUGUUGAAAUUAUUGGGUUUAAUGCUUGUGA